AUGGAAAAGAUUUCACUUCCACAAAUCGUUGUUGUUGGCGAUCAAUCGGUAGGAAAAUCAUCGAUACUCGAGGCUAUCAGCGGUGUUGAACUGCCACGAGCACAGAAUAUUUGCACACGCUGUCCACUAGAAUUGCCAUUGCCUAUUUUUCUCACGGUUUAUAAACGAGAGAUUCAAGACGAUUUAACAUUGAUUGAUUUACCAGGAAUCACUCGGACUCACGUGGAGGGUCAGUCACCAACGAUUUAUCGAGAUAUCGUCUCACUAAUCGAAGACUGUGUCAAGUUUGAAUCAGUGGUUGUUUUACACGUUAUUCCAUCAUCGGUCGAUUUCACCACAUCAGAAUCGAUCAAAAUUUGUCAACGAUACGAUCCGAGAUAUGAACGACAAAUCAUCGCCGUAUCGAAAAUCGACAAACAUGACAAAGGCAUUGCAGAGAAAUUGCAAGGAAUCGGAUCUGGAUCGCUAUCUCUUCCGUUGGGUUGCGUUGCUGUUCUCAAUCGGAAACAAGAGGAAAUUGAUGCAAAAGUUCCGUUUGAAGAAAUGAGACGACGUGAAGAAGAAUUCUUUCAAGCCAAUCCAGCUUUCGCUGAUGUACCUAAAGAAUACUUGGUGCAUGGAAAACAUCGAGCAGAUGUUGGAAAUGGAAGAGAAGGUCUUCACGAUCAAUCCGUACUACUUGGCGAUCUUCAAGAAUUUGAAAGAAAAAGAAAACACAUCGAGCAAUGA